AUGAAAACGUCCGAACUGGGCUUUGACCAAAACACGAAAGUUGUAGAUCUUGGAGUUAUCUUUCCAACGGCUACUCAUCUGCCUCAAACGGAGCUCUGGAUCAAAAGUUAUGGCCAAAAUACAGAAAGGUCGCCAAAUCUGAAAACAAUUGGAGAAGCUGCAAGAAGAAGUGACACGCGAUGGCAUGCUUGGUGCGCGCGGAGUCAUGCCCCGACUCCCCCUGGGCGCCCACCUGGUUGCACUGAGCGCCCAGGUCGUUUGCUUCAGGCCCCAGGUCGGCAGCAUCCAUGUGGCUGCUGGGCGGCAUCCCCGACUCUGGCUGGGCGCCCAUGUCGCAAGCUUGGCGCCCCACCUGGUUUGUCUCAGGACCCAUGUGCUCCAGUGCUUGUCCGCCACUUGACAUGUCUUCUUGCCUUGAAACUCAACUUUGCUCCCUUGCUUCGAACUCUUGAAAAUCAAUCUUAUGAUGAUAAAAUUGACUCUUCAAGCUCUUCAAUCACGAACAUAUUAGCUCCAUUCUUCAUCCAAAUUGUGGUUGAUUCCAGACAUGCUGAUAAGGUGUCCAGAGCUGGCAGGAAGCGAGGUUCGGGUUCUGCUGGUUCCAAUUCGAAUGAUGGUCAAGGGGCUAUUAAAAGAGCUGAAGGGGCUGUUUGUGCUACUGCAAAAGUCUGUACUGUUAGUUCUCAUCCUGAGGAUUCUUGGCGAAUAACUGGUUUUUAUGGCAGACCAGAAGCCAGUCUUCGAUCAGAGUCGUGGGGUUUACUUCGUUUGUUAAAAUCCAGAUCGUCCCUACCGUGGUUGUGUGCAAGUGACUUCAAUGAGGUAACAUCCAUUGCGGAGAAGCAGGGGGUUUCGGAGCCUUUGAUGACCUGGUCGAGGAGGAUCAAUGGUAACAUGGUUUCUGAAAGAUUAGAUAGGGGUCUAGUUACUGAUGAUUGGUUUCAAAAGUUUGGUGCUUCGGUUGAAAGGCACUUAAUAUCGACAGCUUCAGAUCAUCUCCUUCUCUUGAUCUCGGAUGCUGAGGUUUUCGAGCAAACUAAGCGAGAGUUUGAGGAUCUUAGCGCACAGGAGGAAACUUUAUGGCGUCAGCGGUCGAAAGCAUUAUGGUUACGAGAUGGUGAUAAGAAUACUCGUUUCUUCCAUAACGUAGCUUCCUUUCGACACCGUCGGAAUGAGAUCUCUGGUUUGCAAGACUCUUUAGGGAUUUUGGACAGACGUGUUUCAUUGGACAUGAAUGCCUCCUUGAAUGCCAUGUUUACUCCUUUGGACAUGAAUGCCUCUUUAGAUGCCAUGUUUACUCCUGACGAGGUAAAGAAAGCUGUCUUCCAGAUGCAGGGUGAUACUGCUCCAGGCCCGGAUGGUAUGUCUCCAUUAUGUUUCCAAAACUGCUGGAAUAUUAUUGAGGAUGAUUUGUGUAAAAUGGUUUUAGCUUUCUUAAAUGAUGGGCAUCCAUUGCCGGAGAUUAAUCAUACGAAUAUUGCUCUUGUGCCGAAGGUAUCUUCUCUCAAAACUGCUAAAGAUUUUAGACCCAUAAGUCUCUGUAAUGUUAUUUAUAAGAUUAUAUCCAAAAUGCUUGCUAAUCGUCUGCAGCUUGUUCUUCCUAAUAUUAUUAGUCAAAACCAGAGUGCCUUUGUUCCUGAUAGAAUGAUUUUUGAUAAUGCUAUUAUUGCUUUUGAAACUACUCACUUUAUGAGUAAUAAGAGAACAGGUCGAAAGUCCCACAUGGCUCUCAAAUUGGAUCUUAGCAAGGCCUAUGAUCGCGUGGAAUGGAAAUUUUUGGAAACAAGUAUGAUAGCGUUGGGUUUUUCUAGUCGUUGGGUGGCUUUGGUGAUGGAAUGUGUUUCUAGUGUGUCUUAUUCGGUUCUGGUAAAUGGGAGACAGUGUGAGAAAUUCUUUCCUACAAGGGGAAUUAGGCAGGGUGAUCCCCUAUCACCUUACCUUUUCCUUUUUUGUAUGGAGGCAUUAUCGAAGAUGAUUUCCACUGCAGACGAGCAAGGUUUGAUUCAAGGAAUUGCAAUAGCUCGGCAAGCGCCUAGAGUGUCCCACCUUUUCUUUGCCGACGAUAGUUUACUGUUUUUAAGGGCUUCCAUUGCCGAUUGUGAUAUGGUGUUACAGAUUUUGAGGGAUUUUGAGGCGGCCUCUGGCCAACAAAUAAAUAUAGAUAAGUCUUCAAUUAUGUUUAGUGCUAAUGUUCCUACUCAAGAUAAGUUGGCUAUUAUGAAUCAUUUGGGAGUUCAAAGGAUUAUUGACAGAAAUAAAUACUUGGGUCUUCCAGUGAUGAUUGGGGAGCCACCUUUUGCCCCGAGACCGAGAGAAGGCCUUGUUCCGGAGCCUUUAUGUGUUUUAGAGCUGAUUGAUUUUGAGCAGAGGACAUGGAGGUUAGAGAAACUUGAGGAGUUAUUUGAGGAAGAUGAUAUUUGCCGAAUUCUUUGCCUUCCGAUUCCUCGAGAGCCUUCUCCUGAUCGUCUAAUCUGGAAUGGGAGUUCAUUAGGUAUCUUCUCGGUGCGUUUUGCUUAUAUGGUGGCCCGAAUAGUUCUUGAUCGUAUGGUGCAGCCAAUGGGUUCGCGAGCUCAUUUUUGUAAGAUUAUCUGGUCCUCUCAUGUUGCUCCUAAGUUAGAUUGGGUUCUUUGGUUCCUUUGGUCUAUUUGGUCGAACAUGAAUCGCCGUCUUCACUCCUCGACUUGUGCUUCUUCUGCUGCUUUGGCAAUUCAGGCUAACCGAUUUCUUAGUGUUAUGAAAAUCAAUUCAGACGCUUCCUUUUGUGCUGCUAGGAAGGAGGUGGGCUUGGGGGUUGUGAUCCGUGAUAGCGGUGAUGGGAUUGUUGCUAGUGCUUCCAGGCUUUUGUAUUUUGUUUCUGAUUCUCUUUAUGUGGAGGUGCAUGCUCUUCUUUUUGCUUUUGAAUUGGCUUUGGAAUUUGAUAUUACCAAUUGUAUAAUUGAGUCUGACUCACUUGUGGCUGUGAAUGAGAUUUCUAAGUCUGGUCUUUCAUAG